AUGGUGGCAUCGGGCUCCGGGGGAGGCGUUGUGGUGGCCCUGCUCUGCUGCUGCCUCCUGAGCUCUGCCUGGGCUCUGGUGGACCCCGACGACGUGCUCACGAAAGAAGAGCAGAUUUACCUCCUGGUGGAAGCCAAGGAGAAAUGCCAGAGGGACAUAAAAGCCCAGCUGGAGAAGAUCAAAGAUACCAGCUGCCUUCCAGAGUGGGACGGGAUUAUCUGCUGGCCGGAGGGCUCCCCCAGCCAGGAGGUGGCCGUGCCCUGCCCCGACUACAUCUACGACUUCAACCACAAAGGUCAUGCCUACAGGUACUGCAGCGCCUACGGGACGUGGGAGAUGGCUCUCAGCCUCAACAAGACCUGGGCCAAUUACACCGAAUGCGCUCUGCUCUUCUCCUCCGAGAGCCGGAGCCGCGAGAAGGAGGUGUUUGACCGCCUGCACCUGAUGUACACCAUCGGCUACUCCAUCUCCCUGGCCUCCCUCAUCGUGGCCGUCUGCAUCCUCUCCUACUUCAAGCGCCUGCACUGCACGCGCAACUACAUCCACGUGCACCUCUUCACCUCCUUCAUCUGCCGGGCGGUGAGCAUCUUCGUGAAGGACAUGGUGCUCUACUCGGCCAGCGAGACGGAGAAGCUGCGGGAGGACGACUUCAAGGCAGAAAUGGGCUCCUCGCCGGGCCAACGGGGCCACCUGGUUGGCUGCAAGGUGGUGGUGACGCUCUUCCUCUAUUUUCUGGCCACCAACCACUACUGGAUCCUGGUGGAAGGUCUCUACCUGCACAGCCUGAUCUUCAUGGCCUUCCUCUCCAACAAGAGCUACCUGUGGGUCCUCAUCAUCAUCGGCUGGGGUCUCCCUGCUGUCUUUGUGUCUGUCUGGGCCAGCGUCAGGGCCUCCCUGGCGGAUACGCAGUGCUGGGACCUCAGCGCGGGGAACAUGAAGUGGAUUUAUCAGGUCCCCAUCUUGGCUGCUGUCGUGGUGAACUUCUUCCUCUUCCUCAACAUUGUCCGGGUGCUGGCCUCCAAGCUCUGGGAGACCAACACGGGGAAGCUGGACCCCCGGCAGCAGUACAGGAAGCUGCUCAAGUCCACGCUGGUGCUGAUGCCGCUUUUCGGAGUCCACUACGUGGUGUUCAUGGCCAUGCCCUACACCGACGUCUCCGGGGUGCUGUGGCAGAUCCAGAUGCAUUACGAGAUGCUCUUCAACUCCUCUCAGGGUUUCUUUGUGGCUUUCAUCUACUGCUUUUGCAACGGGGAGGUGCAGGCAGAGAUUAAGAAAGCCCAUUUUCGGAGAAGCCUGGCGCUGGACUUCAAGCAGAAGGCACGUGCCACCAGCGCCGGGGGGAGCUGCUACUACGGCGGGCUGGCCUCCCACGCCACCACCAGCUUCAGCAUGAGCCUCGCGGGGCGAGCAGUGGGGAGCACACAGCAGCGUGGGCUGCUGCUCCCAGCCCGUACCAGCCUGCCAGGCUCCAUCCCUGGCUCCUUGCCCUCGGACUUUUUGCCCUGUCCGACCCAGGAGAUGAGCCAGAAAGCCUGCGGGGAAACCACCGGGGACUUAGACGUGGAUCGGAGUCACCCCAGCCUGAACAAAGAGCUGGAGACGAUGCUGUGAAGUUAGCGGCGCGUCUCCCAGCUGGACUGGUCCUCGUGCUCUGGGCUCCCUUUGUGCUCGUGUGUGGAGCUGGGGCAGGGGUCAGCAGCUGAACCAACACGAUUCCCUCUGCCUCGCAGCCAGCGCACAAAGGGCCUGUGGGCUCCUGUUCCUUCUUGGACCUACCUGGCCUAAAAACGAGCUGGUUUGAAACCUCCUCUCCUUCCACGCGCAGAUGAGUGGUGUAAGUGAUGCCUGUGCAUGCGCAGCCUUGAAUCACCACCAGGACACAGCCCUCCAGGCCCCAUCUGACAGCCUGGAGGCUACUUCAGCUCCAGCGUGUCCAAAGCUGAGCCAAGGACAGCGCAGCCCUGAAGUCUGCCUCCCCUCCUUGGCGCUAAUUACUGCGUUGCGCAGCCUGGGGCUGGCAGCGAGCAGUGCCCGCAGGGCUGCUCACCCUGCCCUCACCUGCACCCCUGCGUAGCUCAGUGGUGCUGUGACUGCUCCCAGGCGCUGCUCAGACACAAAAAGGGGGCACGGAGGCACCGGGACCUGGGGCUGAGGGAGCCAGACCGCGUGUUACAGCCUGGGGAGGGCGCAGCAAAAUGCCUCGGUCCCCCGCGAUCGUGCGGAAAUGCAGAGACCACAGCACACCCGAGCCUUGGUCCUGGGGUCUUUUU